AUGUGCAAACACGUUCUCAACGCGCAAGUCGCCAUCCGCUCGCCAUGCUGCAAGAAAUGGUUUGACUGCGCCGAGUGCCACGCCGAGCAGGAGAAGCAUCCUCUCCUCCAGACAUUCGACAUGACCUUCGCCUGCAAGAAGUGUAAGAAGUGCUUCCGCAAGGACGCACAGGAGUUCGAAGAAGCCGACGAAUACUGCCCACACUGCGAUAAUCAUUUCGUCAUUGACGCUGUUACGCCCAAGGCUGCCAUUUCUGUCGAGGGUGAGGAUGCCCGUAAGGACAGCCGUAUGAUUAAGGACGAGCGUGUCCGGCAACAAGAGGGGAGGACAAUAUUCGACCCCUCCGAUGAUGCGGACAUGUUGGGCUAA